AUGUCGUUGGUCCACAUUGUACUUACAAAAACAUGGUAUUUAUUUGACGGUAACUUCUUUACGCAAACUGACGGUGUGGCUAUGCGUGGCCCAACAUCCUCUGUGGUAGCUGAAAUAUAUAUGCAGGCUCAUGAGACUACAGCUUUAACAACUGCAGAUCACGCUCCAAGAGUUUGGAAAAGAUUUGUGGAUGACGUCUUUUUAAUAAUAAAAAGAGCACAUCUAGACGUAUUUCAUGAACAUAUCAAUAAUUUGCACCCGAAUAUUCAAUUUACAAUUGAACAUGAGAAGAACGGUAAGCUUCCUUUCUUAGACAUUCUAGUGUCUCGCAACGGUGGUAACUUAUCAGUAUCAGUAUACCACAAACCAACUCAUACUGAUCAAUAUCUCAACUACACAUCUAAUCACCAAAUGUCCUGCAAAGAAAGUGUAGUGUCCUCAUUACUGGACAGAGCAGUCAAUGUAGUCAGUGGAGAGAAUAACCGAAAAAAAGAUUUAUCUCAUAUAAACAACGCCUUACUUGCAAAUGGGUACUCGAGACAGACCAUUAGAGAAAAAUCAUGA